GGCUAUGCGGGUUGCAGGGCCCCGGGGCCGGGGCGGCUGUUUCCUGUCCUGGUGCAUGGUGGUCGGACGGAGGAAUUGUUGGAAAAUUUUCUCGGAGGAAGCUGAUCCCACUUUAAAAACACUUCAAAUCCAAGAAUGGGAGGUCCUAUUUCAACUUGGUAAAUGAUGUUGUUAGCACAGAUAAAUCGAGAUUCUCAGGGCAUGACUGAGUUUCCCGGAGGAGGGAUGGAGGCUCAACACGUCACUCUGUGUCUGACGGAAGCAGUGGCUGUGGCAGAUGGAGACAAUUUGGAAAACAUGGAAGGCGUCAGCUUGCAGGCAGUUACCCUUGCAGAUGGUUCCACAGCUUACAUUCAGCAUAAUUCUAAAGAUGGAAAACUAAUGGACGGCCAAGUGAUUCAACUUGAGGAUGGUUCUGCUGCUUAUGUCCAACAUGUUCCUAUGCCUAAAAGUACAGGAGACAGUUUGCGCUUAGAAGAUGGACAGGCUGUUCAACUGGAAGAUGGCACUACAGCUUUUAUUCACCACACUUCCAAAGACAGUUAUGACCAGAGCGCACUGCAGGCAGUCCAACUGGAAGAUGGCACCACGGCCUACAUUCACCAUUCGGUGCAGGUGCCACAGUCGGAUACCAUCUUGGCUAUCCAAGCUGAUGGCACGGUGGCUGGGCUUCACACAGGGGAUGGCACUAUUGACCCUGACACCAUCAGUGCUUUGGAACAGUAUGCCGCAAAGGUAUCUAUUGAUGGAAGCGAAAGUGUAGGAACAGGAAUGAUGGGGGAAAACGAACAAGAGAAGAAAAUGCAGAUUGUUUUACAAGGACACGGAACCCGAGUCCCUGCCAAAUCCCAGCAGAGUGGAGAGAAGGCUUUUCGCUGUGAUUAUGAUGGGUGUGGAAAACUGUAUACAACAGCCCAUCACCUCAAGGUACAUGAAAGGUCCCACACAGGAGAUAGACCUUAUCAAUGUGAACAUCCUGGUUGUGGGAAAGCAUUUGCAACAGGUUAUGGAUUAAAAAGCCACGUCCGGACUCACACGGGAGAAAAGCCAUAUCGGUGUUCAGAAGACAAUUGUACUAAAUCUUUCAAAACAUCAGGAGAUCUACAGAAACAUAUCAGAACUCACACAGGUGAAAGGCCCUUUAAGUGUCCCUAUGAAGGCUGCGGUCGGUCGUUCACAACUUCAAAUAUCAGAAAAGUUCAUAUCAGGACACACACGGGAGAAAGGCCCUACUACUGCACGGAACCAGGAUGUGGAAGAGCAUUUGCCAGUGCGACGAAUUAUAAGAAUCACGUGAGGAUACACACAGGGGAAAAGCCAUAUGUUUGUACAGUCCCUGGGUGUGACAAACGUUUCACAGAAUACUCCAGUUUGUACAAACACCACGUGGUUCACACUCAUUCAAAACCCUACAAUUGCAAUCACUGUGGGAAAACGUAUAAGCAGAUCUCUACAUUAGCUAUGCACAAAAAGACGGCACACAAUGACACAGAACCAAUCGAAGAAGAACAGGAAGCCUUCUUUGAACCUCCACCAGGUCAAGGUGAAGACGUCCUGAAAGGGCCACAGAUAGCCUACGUUACAGGGGUUGAAGGGGAAGAUGUGGUUUCUGCCCAGGUGGCUGCAGUGGCUCAGUCAGGAUUAGGCCAGCAAGUGGCACUCAUCUCCCAGGAUGGGACUCAGCAUGUCAACAUCUCUCAGGCUGACAUGCAGGCUCUAGGUAAUACUAUCACCAUGGUAACACAGGAUGGCACCACUAUCACAGUGCCUGCUCAUGAUGCAGUCAUCUCUUCAGCAGGAACACACUCUGUAGCCAUGGUUACUGCAGAGGGUACAGAAGGGCAGCAGGUUGCUAUAGUGGCUCAGGAUUUAGCAGCAUUCCAUACAGCUUCAUCAGAAAUGGGCCAUCAGCCCCACGGACAUCACUUAGUGACAACAGAAACCAGACCUGUUACGUUAUUAGCAACGUCCAAUGGCACUCAAAUUGCUGUGCAGCUUGGAGAACAGCAGUCAUUAGAAGAAGCCAUCAGAAUAGCCUCCAGGAUACAGCAGGGGGAAACUCCAGGAAUGGAUGACUAAUGGACAAAACAGAGCAUCAACUAUUUUAUCUUCAGAAAGCAGAGGUCCAUGCCAGUACCUGAAAACUUUGAAGUUCCCUUUCAUUGAUUCUCAGUACACAUUUUUAUGCAAGAGUGGAGAACAUUUUACGCUUGAUGCUUUUGUGUACAUUACUCUUGGAAUAGAUUUCCAACCUGAUCCAUUGUGCAUACCAGAAUACAAAAUUAGAAUUGUAUAGAAAAUUUGGACGUUAUUCUUUUAUCAGCUGACAGAGUUCUGGAGUCUACCUACAAAACAAACCCAGCGGUAGAAAUACCAGAAUUAAUUUUUAACUUAAGGUGGAAAAUAAAAGGCUUUACCUAAAACUUCAAGGGUUUAAAAAGGUCAUAACAAUCAUCAUUCCAGAAAGGGGCACGGAAACCAAGGAUAUGAAGCCUUUUUAGCAUUUUCCUAAAUAACAAAGUCUCCACAUUUUCGGUUUUGUUGUACACUUUUAAAUUUUGAUUUGUCUCAUGUUGUCUCAUCCAUUUGAAAAGUUUACAGUUUCUCUUACCUAUUGUUCUUCCUCCCUACCCCUCCACUUACUGUGUAAAUAACGACUGUUCAAGCUGGAAGCAUUAACUGUAUUAUCUUUGCAUUGGAUUAUGGUCAAGAGAGAGAGAGAAGCUUUGGUUGUUUAACAUUCAGAAAGUUACAUGUAAGGCUUCAAUUUCCAUUAAGAUUUCACUUUAAGAAAAUAAUUUGGUUGUUUUUCUUUUCAAAAGAUGGUAAAGUAAAAUAUGUCCACAGCAUAUUGUCUAAGAAGACAGAAAUACUGUGAUGUUAAAUACUUCUUAUUGAGGUUACUAUGAGUUAUUUAUUUCUUGCUCGGUAUAUAUUAUGCACUGUUCCAAAGUUUAUUUACCAUAUAGUUUAUUCUUGAUUAUAGCAGUAGUUUAAGAAAUGUUAACUUAACUUUUUUCAUUCUAAUAAAAUUGAAAUAUAAAGA